ACAAUAGGUAAGACACCACUGUUUUACUUACUACCGUUCCAACCAUGGCUCCGAUAGCCACCUACGUGUUCUUUGAUCUCGAAACGACCGGCCUUCCGAGGGACGAAUUUAACAAAACGAAAAUAACCGAGUUGUGUAUGGUGGCAGUGAAACGUGAACAUGUAUUGUAUGCGCUACCCGGCCGCGUACCCAGGGUGCUCCACAAGCUUACGCGGUGCUUCAACCCGGGCAAGAGGAUCACGGAAGGCAGCUCUGAAAUCACCGGGCUUGAUAACUUCCUUCUAGAACAUGAGAGCUAUUUUGACAUCAGAAUAUUCAACAUGAUUGACAAUUUUUUAAAUACUUUGACGAAGCCUGCGUGUUUUAUCACUCAUAACGGUCGCAACUUCGACUUUCCUAUACUAAAACGACAGCUGGACAUGUUGAAUGUAAAAUUUUCUGAUGACUUAUUAUGUGCCGAUUCACUUGAUGCUUUUAGUGAUAUUUUAGAAGAGAAAAAAGCUGAGACAAUAGUUGUAGAAGCAGAAACCGUUGAUGAAGUCGAUUUGGCGGCUGAAAAUUGCUUGUCUAUGCAGGCUGUGAAUGAAGUUACCCCAAAACAAGUGAAGCUGCCGCCAAAACGUCCACCUAAUCCUGGAAAAGCUAAGCAGAGGCUACCAUUUAGUGAAAAAAGACUGAAAGAGAGUUACAAAUUGCCAGACAUUUACGAGAGAGUAUUACGUCGUAGAGCUGUAGAUGCUCACCGGGCAGAGACGGACUGCAUGCUGUCGUUGGAGAUUGCUGUAGCUCUCUCUAAGGAGUUCACAGAAUGGGUGGACGCUCAUCAUCAUCAGUUUUCUGAAGUGUCACCAAUGACUCCGGGAAUAAAGCUUGGUUCCUAGGUUAUAAGUGUGGAAAGUGCAACAUUAUGAUGUAUUUACAGAUGUGUUCAAAGUAAAUAUUUUGUUGUAAUAAAUGUGUUAGUGCCCUAGGUUAAUUUUUAGGAUUAAUUUGUCAAUAUAUUUUUUUUAAUUACUUUAUUUGGAAAUAGGUUUUAUCAGAACAUUAUUUUAAAUAAUGCUUGUCAAGUUGUCACUCAGUUUAAGUGUUUGUUUAUAA